ACGCUUGAUAAAGAGCGUCCACGUCUUUCCUCUCUCUCGCCAGCUGUCUCGUUGUAUAACUAUCUGGGUUGACUUCCUUGUCUAUUCCCUCGCUUCCUUUUUCCCUUGUCUGUAAUUACUAUGGUCGAGCAAACGUAUAAAUUCGAUGUCAAAAUGACCUGCACCGGAUGCUCAGGCGCCGUCACUCGUGUGCUCGAGAAGGCCAAGCUUGACGGUGUGAAUGACUAUACCGUCAACCUGGAUACACAGCAAGUUGUGGUGAAGGGAAGCAUGCCCUACGAAGACGUUCUUGCCAGAAUCAAGAAGACUGGCAAAGAGGUCCGCUCUGGAGAGAUUUUGAAUUGAUUGUGGGUCCGGAGCUAAAGGACUUGACAUUUGUUAAAUCACAAUGAAUUUAUUUGGGUUUCCGUUUUUCGUGGACAGACUUUGGAAGGAUGUUUCACAGGGUCGCAGUCGUGUAGUAGCUUCAAUAAUUAUCCGAUUCCGAUUUA